CAUGUCCAAGACGCUAUAGUAAGGUGGGACAAAUGUAACGAGAUCUACUACGGCAAAGAAAGAGACAUGACUAAUUUCCCAACAAUCAAGAUUCCGGAACGUCAUCCAAAAGUCCGCCUCGGUUUCCUGCCAGACUCUUGGUUCCAUGCUCUCUACUCCAGAACUGGUGUCACAGGACCCUAUCUAUUUUUGACUGGCAGUGUGGCCUUCUUGCUGAGCAAGGAGAUCUGGGUGGUUGAUGCACACUUCAUGGAAAUUAUUCCGUUUGUUGUCAUCAUGACCUGGAUGAUCAAGACGUUUGGUGCCAGGGCCUCAGACUUUAUAGACCAAUUCACACAGGCGAAGAAGGAGAAUCUGGAUCUGCAACUGGAGGCUGCCUACCGGGAGCGUCUGCAGCGCGUGCACAAGAUGGUCACCAGACGCUUGGACUACCACGUAGAACGCGAAAAUGUGCGUAGGCGCUUCCAGCAACAGCACAUGGCCAACUGGAUCACCAACGCAGUUAUUGCUGGUAUCACACCAACACAGGAGAAGGAAACCAUACGCCAGUGCAUUGAGGAUCUGAAGAACCUCGCAAAAUCGCAAAGUAGGACAGCCUCCCCGGCGUAA